UUCAUCUGAUUUCAAUUUCUAGGGUUCUGUCACUACGGAGUCCUACCUGCUGUUUGUUUUUUGUCUGUAUGAAUUCAUCUUUCUCUCUUCUAUUUUGAUUCUGUUGUGGGCUCUGCCAAGGUGACCUGGUGAUUCCUUGCAUUUGGCAUCAAUAUAUGUUCUUCUCAUUGAGCUUCUCCUAAACUCUUCCGUAUGUUUGAACUUCUGCAGUUUCGAGGUGUGUGGUAUCCAGGUGCUCGGGCAGCAGGGCGAGUUGCGGCGGCGUCACUGAGGAGUCGAGGUCAAGAUGUCAGAUUAUGAAAGCCUAAGGAUCAAGAGGAUAGAAGAUAAUAGAUUGAAAAUGAAGGAAUUGAGGGUUAAAUCGAUGGCUUACCAAGUAAGUCAAAUGGUGAAGAGCUCAAAACAAGCGAAGAGGAGUAAGAUGCAAUCACAUAAGGUGGUUAAAGAUAGUGACGGGUACAUACCUGGUUUAGAGGGUGAACUAAAUCACUCAAGUGAAGAGGAUAACAAUGAGAUUCGGGCAAGGAGUGUAAACCUGAGGUCUGGCUCUAAAAAGGUAAAUGGUUCCUUUAUGAAAUGACAUUUCUGAAUUUUAAAUUAGUUAACUAUUCAUCUGAAAAGUUUGAUAAUUUUAAGCAUAAAUAUUUUUAGGUUUCGGCAACGAGAGGGAGAAGUCCCACUAAGAUGAAAGAGACUUUGGAAAUCCCUUCCACACCAAUGGCAGAUCUCGUGAAGAAGCGUCAUGCAAACACCCAAAAGCAACAUUUAGGGAAGGAGGUACGAGGGACAGAUUCUGCACAAAAAAACAACCUGGAUUGGAUUUGAUGGCACAACAACAAAUGGUUGCAACACAAGUCAAUCGCCAGCAAGUUAGAGAAUCUAUACAGUCCAAGCGGAUUGAAGGCUCAUCAGCAUCUGAAAGUUCUCAAGUGAGAUUAGUUAAGUCUGCUGCCCAGAAUAAGUUGCUCCAAAGUCAACCAGAAAAAGAGGAUGAGCUUGGUGUCCAAUCAAAGAAGGGGCAAAGUAAAACAAUGGUCGCUCCCGGUUCACUCAGUGCUUAUAUGCAAAUGAAAGCGACGUUGAGAGGAAAAGAGUUGAGAGCGAAGAAAAGUGAUGUAUUACUACGAGAACAUGUUGGCAAACUUAAAACCAUUCACACUUAUGAAAAUCAAGUGGCUAGUUCAACAGUGAUAGUAGGGAGUUGUUCACGAACACAACCAUUGGGACAUGGCUUAGAGGAAGAAUAUGAGGAUCAUAUGAGCUCAGAUGAAUGUGAUAUGGAUGCAGAAGAUGCUGAGUUUGGUUUAGAAUUGAAUAUUCAUGCUAAUGACCAGCUGGAUAUGCAAAUUGAACCACAAAUCCGCCAAGAGCUAGAAAGUGAAAGAAUUGCUCCUUCAACAAGCAAGCGAACUAGAGGACAAACUAUGUGCAAAGAUGUUCAUGAAUGGACAUUAAAUGAUCGCAAGCCUAUCAUUCUUAACGAAAUGGGGAAGCCUAUUGGUCCGAAUAAGAAGACUUUAGAUAAAUUUUCAAGAUUUUUAGGGACUUUGGCUCGUAAUUCUUCUCUUGCACCAUCGAACAAGCUAAAUUGGCCGAAUGUUCCAGAUAAGGACAACAUUUGGAGUUACGUGAAGAAGAAGUACAUCAUCUCUGAAGAAGGGAAAGAUCAUGUGUUGUCAUCAGUUGGAAAGCUUUGGCGUAAAUAUAAAUGCAGUGUAAAGGCAAAUCACUUCACUCCAUACAAUAAUAACGCUGAUAGGUGGGAAAGUGCUCGUGAUACAAUUCCAGAUUCGCAUUUCAAGGAUUUGUUAGAAUUCUGGAACUUGGACCAAAUUCAGGAAGAAAGCCAAAAGAAAAGGGAAAGCAAUAUCAACCAAAGAGAAAGGCACACUAUGGGGCCAACGAGCUUUGUGAGGAGACAAUAUGAAUUGCAACAACAAGAUGUUGAGAAGAAGCCACCAUCUCAUGCACGUUUAUACAAAGAAACUCGGAAAAGGAAAGUGGGAAAAGAAUAUAAAACACCUUACGAGACUAUUCAAAGUAACAUUGAUAAGAUGGAGGAAGUCCAAAGGCAAAGACAAAUUGAUGGAGAUGGUGCAUUUUUUGAAGUAAUGAACCUGGAGAACUCGGGAAAACAUAAGCAAUUAGGAAGGUGUUCAAAAGUAAAAGGCAAGAGUAAAAAAGCUUCAGUGGGUGGUGUAAUCAUACCUGAUGAAUAUAUACAACCAUAUAAGGAUCAAAUUGUGAAAGAUACCGUAGCAGAAGUACUAAAGAUGUUCAAGCAACAACUUCCUCCUGAAUCGUUUGCUCAUGUGAUGUCAUCUUUUCCAGAGAGUCCUAGAGUAACAGAAGACCAAGAGCAUGACCAGGAUCAAGAUGAUGGAUUGGAUCGCAUAGAAAAUGAAGAUUAAAGUUGACAUUGAGAAUCAUGCGCACGUAAGGGAAACCAGUUGAAGAUGAAAAGAUAGAAGACAUUUAGUUUUGGAUUAUACAUUUUAGUUUUGGAUAUGAUCAUUUGAUUUUAUUUUGAACAUAAUAAUGUAAUUUUCAUAGAUCGUACAUCAAAUACUAUUAUUUUAAUUUGUUAAUUAGUUUGUUAGGCAGCGGGUUGUGCUCUCUUCCUUUAGUUGUUUCCGUGUUUGGAACUUAUUUUGUGUACGUACUAUCUUUUGGUAAUAAAAUUGCUAUUUUACCAAAAAAAUUA